AGUUUGGUUGUCUUAUAUCUAAGCUCCUGGAUUGGCUAUGACUAGGUCUUUCGGUGAUAAAGUUGGUGUUUAAGCUGGAGUUAUUGCUGAACCUGAAAUCUAAUAAUUCAUUAUUAGCGUAUAUGAUCAAUUUAUUAUUAUUGCAUCAGAUGGAGUGUGGGAAUAUAAGAGUAAUGAAGAGGUAAAUAAGGAAUCAAUUAGGUUAUGAGUGUUGUGAUUCAAAUUUUGGAAAAAGAUGAACCUAACCAAGCAGCUAAAUGUGUUGUAAUUGAAGCAACUUGAGCAUGGAGAAGAGUAUUAGUUUUAUACUUAUUUGAAGAACAGUUUAGCAAAGGAC